AUGACAGACUAUGACCUUAUCCUCGACUCCCUGGACGAUAAUAACACGUAUUCGUUGGAUGAGACUCUAUCACCUUCCCUCCAACCAUGGUCUAGCCCAAUUGACGUUGAAGAACUCGAUCUCAACAGCCUGAAUCUUUCCAAUUCCAGUAUAUCGUGGAUCGACCCGCUAGAGUCAGCUAUAACGGCCACACGAAAUGGCUCUGCACCAGUUCUCAGCACUCUCGCCCAAUUCACUGCGAUCCUUUCCCAGACCGGGAUCCACGGUCCACGUCUCCUGAAGGCAGCUAACCUUUCCACCCGAGCUACUAAGAUCGGUUCCGGCGCCCAGUUUACCGUAUUCAAGGACCCCCUCUUCGAGAACGAGGUCAUUAAGCGUGUUAAUGUCCCACUCUCAAGUAUGGCAGAGCAGCGCUUCUCGGCCAGCACAGAUUAUCGCCUUCAGCUAAGGGCACUGGCCCUAGAGGUUCUCUCGCUUUGCAAUCCCAUCAUACGUGGGCACCCAAACAUCACCAGUCUCGUCGCGUGGGGGUUCGAUUUCCCCUUUGCAGACAUGGCCGUACCCGUCUUGUUCAUGGAGGCGGCGAUGAUGUCGAUGGAUGAAUUUUUGAGUGCGGAGAAAAGGGAGGUAGGGGUAAUCUAUCAGCUUGCGCUAGGCGUGGCAAAUGGGUUGGAGGCGCUGCAUAACCUCAAUAUCGUACAUGGGGAUGUCAAGCCAGAUAAUGUGCUCGUGUUUGCUGGCCAGAGUGAAAACAUGCCAUUCCAAGCUAAGUUGAGCGACUUCGGUGUCUGUGUUGAUUUGGAAAGUCCGGAAGGGCAAUUUACAUUGAGCGAUUACCGGGGGACGCCGGCUUGGCUGGCACCUGAGGUACUCAAUGGGAGUAUCUCAAGAUUCGGGGGAUUCUCACCAGAUAUUAUGUUCAAGUUUGAUGCGUACAGCUUCGGGAUGGUGCUUUUAUCUAUCUUCACCCGGGAUGGUCAGCCUCUGGCUUUGGGGGAGGAUCCUGACAACGUUCCGGAUCAGGUUUCCAAGUUACUCAACCGGGAAGACAUUCCCUCACCCAUGCGCACAGAGCUACGCAAGGCAGCUUUGAAGCUGUUGUCCGAGGAUCCUAGGAAUCGACCCCUUCCAAGUCCGACUUUGCUCAAAACAGACCUGCCGACAUCCACGAGCUCGCACAUGGGAGUCAUCGAUCCAGCUUACAACAAAGGCCCACUCUUUUGGUACAGACUUGACGAUAGCAUCCGUAAAGAGCUCGAAGAACAACAUACGCUCAGCAAGGCAGGAGUUGCUCCUCCUUUUGCAGGAGAUGUGCUAUUUGGAAUAGCACAGACAAUCACCGGAGAGAAACCGAUGUAUCUCGAUCGCAUGCUGACGUAUCUGGGUGAUGCGGUGAAGGCAGGGUACUCACCGGCCAAAGCUGUAUAUGCGCAGGUGAUGGAGGCGCAUGGUCGAAGACCAGAGUUCGACGAUGACGCGCUGGAACAGUGGAUGUUACAGGCCGUCUCCGAGGGUUACAUGUUUGCGAAACCUGCUCGCUCGACGGAAAGAGUGGACCAGGCGAAAGACCUGUUCAGGUCUCACGGGGGAUACUGCUCAGAUCCCUUUUUAGGGAAGAGUGAUGUCAAGACGGCCCUCAACAAACAGACCGUAUUAGAGUGGAAUAUGAAGAAUGGGACAUUCGUCGAUCGUAAACGGAACACGAUGUUGCAUGCUGCUGCUGCUUUUGGGGAAGUUGAUGCAUUGCAUGGGCUAUUGGAUGAUGAACCGGCGGCGGUAAAUGUGGAGAAUGAGAAUGCCGAAACGCCGCUGUACAAGGCAUUCCAGGCGGGGCAUGUGAAAAUAAUUGAGGCUUUGCUUGACAGUGGCGCGAGCGCAUCCUGUCAGACUCGACAGAAGAUCACUCCUCUACAUUGGUUGUUCAUGAUCCCUGACGAUUCAAUUGACCGAAUCGCGAGAUGGAUGGUUGAAAGAGGAGCGGACGUGAAUGGAACCGUGGAGCCUGCCAAAGAGAACGGCAGUGGAUUCUCAGAGAAGAUUCAGAUACUUCAUUAUCCGUUCGAACUUCCACAUGGAGCACCUCUUCACUGGGCCUGCUUUUUCCGAAACUUGACAGCCAUCAACGCUCUUAUUUCCCUCGGAGCCAAUAUCAAUGCUGUCUACCAUGGCUCAGACCCAUCAACUACUCCGCUUGCAUUGGCAGCAUACUUCGGCGAGCCCACUAUAGCUGAACAUCUGAUAUCGCAGGGUGCGGAUGGUAGUCUGCUUGACUCCAAGGGACGAAACACCCUACACGGAAUCACUAAAUACUUUCCUGAUAUACAUGGCUAUCUGCGCCAUUACUGGCAUUAUUGGAUUCGGCAUGGGGCUUGGGAUAAUCAUUUGGUGCAGCUUGGGAAGUUGGUCAGGGUUCUGAUCAAGGCUGGUGCCAAUGUCGACGCCAAGGACAAGGGGUAUCCUUGUUUGACGCCUAUUGCGGCAGCAGCUGACGCUGGAUCUUGGGAUGGGGGUAUGAUAUGUGCGUUGUUGGACGCUGGAGCUGAUUUGGAUGACUCAAUCCUGACAGGGGGGGAUACAGUCCUGCAUUCGUGGGCCUCUAUCGUCGGGCCUCGUCUAGAUUAUCCAUCUUCGUACAUGUCAACUUUGAAGAAGAUAGUCAAGGCUAUGCCGAACAUCGAUAUUCGCAACCGGUUCGAAGAGGCCACUCCGCUUCAUGAGCUAACAACAGUAUACCACCCGGAGGACGAAUUCGAGGCUGCGUGUGAGAUAUUCCUCGGUCACUCCUGUCCGGCAGACUUGAACGCGAAGACUCGUCGUGGCGCGACCCCACUAUCUAUAGCCCUUGAAACCAAGCUAGAUUCCGCACGACGAGGCCGCUUCCUACUCCACAAAGGCGCGGAUCCCCUCGUCCUCAGUGAUAGAGGACGAGAUGUUUUCUAUUCUAUUGCAAAUAACAUCGCACUCACUGAUCAAGACAGUCAUGAUCUCAUUCAACACUUCCUUCGUCGCCUCAGCCCUGACAUCCAUAAUGCCUACACCAAGCACUAUAUUCUCAAUCCCAACAGCAACGAAUCCCUUUUUUGCUGCUGCAAGCAGCGGGAAACCGCUCACAAUCAACCUCCUUCUCUCCCUCGUCACAUAAAUGAGCCUGACAAGACCAAAUCCCCACCAUGGACCCCCCUAGACAUAGCCCUCCACCGUGCCGAGCUUGGCCGUCGCGCACACAUGCGCAAACUCGCAACUUAUAAGCCCGGCUCAGCACGUGUACGGGCUCUAGAACAAAGCCUGGUCUACGACGAAACCCAGGGCCCACCGGUGCGCGCGGCUGAGUCAUAUAGAGGGUUUCCAGAUGUCAUCCGGAUCCUACGAGAUGCAGGGGCUAAACGGUGGUGUGAAAUUGAGGGAACUACAAAAGGUGAUUAUAUUGAACAGCCAAGAGAGUGGGAUCAAGAGGAGAUGCAGAAGUAUGGUUUCACGCCGGAAACACAGCCUAAUGCACAGGCGUGGACGGGCUUGUAUGAGUUGGCCAGGUACAACGAUGAUAGAUGGAGUUGGCUUGGUAUGCUGACAUGGCGGAAGGGGUGGUGA